AUGGCUGCUACUACUACUGCUCUGAAAUCAACCACCGGGGCUUGCUUCCAUCAGCUUAAGAAAUCGGAUGCCCAUUUCUUACCUUCGCGCAGGCCAGGCUCCGUUUCAGUCAGGAUACUCCGUCGUCAGUCGCCAAUGGCAACUCUCACCGCGGCGCCCACUGUUGGCCUAGCUCAAACUUUCUCCAAUCUCAAAAGCCAAGGCAAAGUGGCAUUCAUCCCAUACAUAACUGCUGGUGACCCUGACCUUUCAACCACAGCGGAGGCUUUAAAGGUGCUGGAUAAGUGUGGUUCUGACAUAAUUGAGCUUGGUGUUCCAUACUCUGAUCCUCUUGCUGAUGGCCCAGUUAUUCAGGCAGCAGCUACGCGCUCCUUAGCAAGAGGAACUAACUUCGACUCGAUCCUGUCCAUGUUGAAGAAGGUUGUUCCAGAAAUAUCUGCCCCAAUUGCUUUGUUCACGUAUUACAACCCUAUCCUGAAGCGCGGGAUUGGACAAUUUAUGUCUACUGUGAAGGACGCUGGGAUACAUGGACUUGUUGUUCCGGAUGUUCCUCUAGAAGAGACUGAACUUCUGAGGAAGGAAGCUCUCAAGAAUAAUAUUGAACUGGUACUUCUUACAACACCCACUACUCCAACAGAGCGAAUGAAAGCCAUAGUGGAAGCUUCUGAGGGAUUUAUUUAUCUUGUUAGCUCAAUUGGAGUUACGGGUGCACGAGCUUCUGUAAGCACCAAAGUACAGACCCUUUUGCAAGAUAUAAAAGAGGCAACGACUAAGCCGGUAGCUGUAGGUUUUGGCAUAUCAAGCCCUGAACAUGUCCAACUGGUGGCGGGAUGGGGUGCUGAUGGCGUCAUUGUAGGCAGUGCAAUGGUGAAGUUGUUGGGUGAAGCCAAGUCUCCGGAAGAAGGAUUGCUGGAAUUAGAAAAGUUCACCAAAUCCUUAAAAGCUGCACUUCCAUAG